CCGAGUGAACCUGGGCUUUGGGGGGUGAUCAUGGGCGGCUGAGGGGUGCCGAGUCCGAAGGCGGCCCGUGCCGGCGGCCAUGGCCGAGGACUACUGGGACUCGUAAUAACAGUAGUUGCCGCUCAGUGACUCCUGCCCAUUACCUCGCCAUGGAUCGGAUGAAGAAGAUCAAGAGGCAGUUGUCCAUGACUCUGCGGGGGAGCCGGACAGUCGAGAAGAACCUCAACGAACCCAUCAAUAUUGAGGAGAACAACAGCAGUGAUAAUGGCCCCACAGUGAAGAGUGUGCGUCCCAGCACCUCCCGCAGCGUUCACGCCUUCCUGCACCACUACGCAGGCUCUCUCCGCAGGCCUCGUCUGGCCAUCAGCUGCAGCCUGAGUGCUCACCUCAACCGUGCCGCCCGACUAGAAAUCGUCCAUGAAGACCUCAAGAUGGGCUCAGAUGGUGAGAGUGACCAGGCAUCAGCGACCUCAUCUGAUGAGGUGCAGUCUCCAGUCCGGGUGCGCAUGCGGAACAAUCCAACGCGCAAGAUCUCCACUGAGGACAUUAACAAGCGCUUGUCCCUCCCAGCUGAUAUCCGGCUGCCUGAAGGCUACCUGGAGAAACUGACCCUCAACAGCCCCCUGUUUGAUAAGCCCUUGAGCAGGCGGUUACGUAGGGUAUCUCUGUCGGAGAUUGGUUUUGGGAAGCUGGAGACGUAUGUGAAGCUGGACAAGCUAGGAGAGGGGACAUAUGCCACAGUCUACAAGGGAAGGAGCAAGCUCACGGACAACCUGGUGGCCUUGAAGGAGAUUCGCCUUGAGCAUGAAGAGGGAGCACCUUGCACAGCUAUCCGGGAAGUUUCACUUCUAAAAGAUUUGAAACAUGCCAACAUUGUGACCCUGCAUGAUAUCAUACAUACAGAGAAAUCCCUCACGCUUGUCUUCGAGUAUUUAGAUAAAGACCUGAAACAGUAUCUAGAUGAUUGUGGCAACGUAAUAAAUAUGCACAAUGUGAAGUUGUUCCUGUUCCAACUGCUGCGUGGUCUAGCCUACUGCCACCGUCAGAAGGUGCUGCACCGAGACCUCAAGCCCCAGAACUUGCUCAUUAAUGAGAGAGGGGAGCUCAAACUAGCAGAUUUUGGACUAGCCCGGGCAAAAUCCAUUCCCACCAAGACUUACUCGAAUGAGGUGGUAACACUUUGGUACCGGCCACCUGAUAUCCUGUUGGGCUCAACUGAAUACUCCACACAGAUUGACAUGUGGGGUGUAGGCUGCAUCUUCUACGAGAUGUCCACAGGACGACCGCUUUUCCCAGGCUCCACCGUUGAGGAGCAGCUGCACUUCAUCUUUCGGAUAUUGGGGACACCCAGUGAAGAAACCUGGCCUGGAAUCCUGUCCAAUGAAGAAUUUCGAGCCUAUAAUUACCCCAAGUACCGUCCUGAGGCCCUGAUCAACCAUGCUCCUAGACUGGACAACGAUGGGGCUGACCUCCUAGGGAAGCUGCUGCAGUUUGAGGGCAGGAAGCGGAUCUCUGCAGAUGAGGCCAUGCGGCACCUGUUCUUCCACAGUCUGGGGGAACGAGUCCUCAAACUCCCAGACACAACGUCAAUAUUUGCACUAAAGGAGAUUCAGUUACAGAAGGAGAUGGGGCUGCGAUCAGCUUCCCUGCCCGAAUCAGGCAGCGCCGCGUUCCGGGUAGUGGACACUGAAUUUUAGCCUACAGGCCAGUAAAUGGGCAGAAUGGACGACCAAGCCUGCUGCUUUAAAGCCCACAGAUGGAUCCAGGUUGGUGGGGGCCAGAAGCAAAACCAACUCCCCCCACAUAUGCGGACAUCCCCAUCAACUGCUUCUUUAUAAUGAACUGUGGAGUGAGGACUUGGGAUUUCGCAGGGGUGAGGGUGUCUGUACGCGGGGGGCCUGAUUGCUCAGAGCUGAAGAGAAGCACGACCUGCCCCCAGGCAUCCAGGCCAGGCACUGAUGCCUUCUGCUGCUGGGAUGGACUCUCUCCCUCCCACCCCCACACACAUGGUGUUUCAUUUUAUUUUUUAAGUUUUAUUUUUUCAAUGCAAUAUUAUAAAUAUUAUAUUUGCAGAUAUCUAUAAAGAGAGACACCCCCGCCCUUACCUCUCCAGUGGUGGAGAGUGUACAGUAUUAACAAGGGAGCCAGCACCCAGCCCACCUCACCCUGGAGCAGGGAGAGAGAAUCACAGAGGAGAGAGAAGUCGCCCAGGGGGAUUGGGCUGCUGACCAUCCUCUGCACUCCAUUCAGCAGGAGGAGGAGGUGGCAACAGCAGCGGGGGAUUGGGCUCGGGGUUCCAUUGCUGUUUUGGGAGGUGGGUGGAUUUCUGUUUCCCCUUUCCCUCCCCCGGUUCCAGUUGCCUCUCUACAGAGCUGGGCUGGCAGUUCUUCUGAUGCAGAUGGUUGCGGAGGAGCCCAGUUCUUGGGAAGGCAAGCAGGAAUCCUUACAGGCCUCCCUGAAUUGUAGGGAAUACAAUCCCUCUUUCCCUGCUCCUUCACCUUCCCCAUUGUUCACCUGGGUGACUUGCCAGGCAGUCUCCCCAUUUCCCAAGCUGCUUUGGAUCAGGUGUGUCAUCUGCGUGUCCCUCGUUUUCUCUUUGCACCAAAGCCAAGUCUCCCUGGCUUGUGUCUUCCUUAGGUCUCAGUCCAUGCCUUGCUCAGGCUCUCCCCACAUACUGGGCCAGUGCUAUCCAUUUCAGUUGAGUUGCUCCAUCAAUCAGUCCUGCCUCUUUCAUAACUUGCUUUGUACUCAGGGUUUGCAAUCACUCCUUUGCCUUUGCAGGCACAAGCGCCCGAGCACCUGCUGCACCAGCCCCCAACUGUUCUGGCAGGGCUUGUGUAGGGGAUGUCCCUGGUGGUUUGUGCCUUGUUUCUCCCUUACUCCCUUCAUACUGACCAUGUCCUAUGUUCCUUGGAUGAUCACUCCCUGUUCUGAAAAUCCAAAAGAUAAUGUUUUUCAUGGCUCCCAUCUGGACCCUUCUCAGAUGUUAUGGUACUUACUACAUAGAUGAACAGUCUGUGGUCCUCCAGUUGCUGUUGGACUUCAACUCCCAGCAAGCAUGAGCUGUGGUCAAGGGUGAUGGGAGUUGUAAGCCCUCAAAAUCUGGAGGUCAACCAGUUGUCCACCACCUCUGCCUUACUUGGUCUUCAUGCAGAUAUUUGUGUUCCAUUUACCUGAAUCCUUGUUUCAGUAUUCUUUAGGCUUCCACAUUAGUCUCUGCAGGCUAACACACUGACUUUCCCUGGAAAUGGUUUCUCAGUCCUUAGACAGUGACUGAGUCCCUUUGGCCCUGCCCUGUAUUAAAAGUAAACCAAAACCUUUUCUGGAAUUAAACCAACAUCAGCCCUAACUCACGGGGCCAUGAGCAACCCUUCCUGAGAGCUGCUGGAAGGUUAACUGGUCUUUUCCUGAACUGUAUUAGCACUCUCAAAGAUGAACCAGUUCCUGUCCAGGCCUCCUUGAACAAAUUCAGUCCCUCUUGUUUUAUCAAACAUCAGGCUGAAAAUUACUCAGUCCCCAGGGCUGUGUUUUUAUGCAGAAUUACUACCUGUGGCUUCUGCUUGGUAACACAGAUCAGCUCCUUAAAUGUGAAUCAAUCCUGGCUUUUUCUCCUUUCAGAAAGGCUUCCUAGUCUCUCCAUAGCACCAAAAACUCGGUGGCUUCUGGAUGUGGCCAACUAAAACUUUCACCAUUCUUGGACAACUGGACAUGUGGGGGACCUAGUUUGGGAUGAGGGGCACUGGGAUGGGGGAAACUGAUCUGGGCAUAGAAAUGCCUGAGGAAUCCUGCUCGGACAUGGAGAUCUCCACAGAUUUCCCUUCCUUCCAACUUGACUCCUGAGUGGCUCCUCAGAGGAACCUGGCAAUGUCUCCUGCGCUCACCCCCAGUUUUGGGAGCCCACCAGUAUCACGGCUCCCCAUUUGGCCAAGAUUGUUCCUUUCAGCUCAGGGCACAGUGGCCUGGGUUUGCAAAGCUGUAGGAUGUGGAUCCAGAUCCUACAUUUGCUUGCCGUGUGUGUAGACAAGGUGACACCCAACUUUCCUCCCUUUGAUCUAUCUAUCUAUAUAGUACAUAUAUAAUGUGUGUUCGUGUGUAUAUAUGUACAUAUGUAACCAUUUUUAUAUGCAGCAUGAAGUGCUUGUAAGGUUCACAAAUCUUCCCCUUCCCCUAAUGAGAGCCAUAUUAUUAUUCUGAUUAUUAUAACCCUCAGGCAACGUAAAGGAUUUCUGAAGGUGCCUCUCUAUAGAGGUCAUGCAGAAAUGUAGCCUGCCUUAUGCUGGGAUGCAAGGAACGAGUGGUGCAUGAGAGCUUUUGGCUUGGCACUCAGGUGCAGCUGCCUUUUGUAGGGGAGAAAUCUGAGGACUCUGCCAACAUACACAAGGCAUCCCCCAAUGGCAAAGGAGUUCCACCACAAAGAGGCCCAGGGUUACCAUUGCUCAGGGGAUAGAAGAGGGUUGUGUUUACAAAGGGGCCCUAAGAAGCAAGAAAGACCCACCCCUUCAGUGGGUAUCCUUUUCAGCCCCCUAACCUGCCUGCAUGACCCUCCCUUCUGCUCCUGUCUGCUUGGAUCUGCUCUAAAUUCUGACCUCGUAGUUCCUUCCCAGCCCCCCCUCACUCUGGGUUGCACCUUAAGACCGAAGCACUUGUGAUAGUUCAGGGCUAGGCAACUGUGAGGUGGACCCAUUUCUUGAUCGCGUUCAAUCAUGUGUGCCAUCUUUCUGCCUAGACCUGCUUCUUGCAGGGUGUUGGGUCUUCAAGGUUCCAAAAGAGUCUUGCUGCCCUCUCUAGGGUGGAAGAUUGCCCUGCCUCUAGCAGGAGCUUUCUAUAUGGGGUAUGUGUGCGCAUUCUGUUGUUCCUUUUCCUGCACUCCACCAUGCAGACAGGGUGCUUAACUGUGGUCAAGCACUAGUCAUGGGCUUGUUGCCUUAACCUUGAUUAAGUUGCUGGAUGUACAGUGAGCUACAGUUUAAUUUGCAUGCUAAAUCCUGCACCUACAGGAGCAUGUAAACAUCAAGGUAAAGAAACUGCCUUAACCUUGACUUGUCUGUGAAAAUAUAAUGGAUAUCCACAGGUCAUGCAAACCAUGGUUUGUGAGCCUCUCUGCCAACCAUGGUUUCAGAUCCUGAUUUGUGGUCCAUUCCUUAACAAUGGUUUAGGCAUCAAGCCAUAGUGCUAAACCAUGGUUAGUUCAAGGUAUGUCUGCUUUGGUCCUGUAGGAGCUCAUGUUACAGUGUAGUAUGAGUGGAAGAGCAGAAGGACACUGGCAAAGAUACAUGGUGCUGAUUCUUUUUGGUCCAGAAUCCAGUCUAUUUAGGUUUGUGAAACUGCUUCCUAUUUCAUCUGCUGCUGGAAGAGAAGAAACAGAGUUCCCCAGUACAAGAAAAUGUAGCAAAGGUGGAUGCAACAAGAGAUACCUCUAUUUUGCAAAUAGAAACUGAGUUGCUGGGACUUCCCAGAAGGAACUGUGGGAGUUGUCAAUUUUGAGGAGACUGCUCAGUGUGUGGUUGAGGUGUAGAGCCUGUAGAGAGAAAUUGGGAUUCUCAAGAUUUGAAACAGGGCCAAAUGCCAGGGCAACUAAGUCAGUUCCUUUCUAGCCUAGAUGUAUUCUCAGUCCACACACAUGAGGAAGGAGAUUGGAUCUUUGCAUGAGAGGGAAGCCCAAGAUGGCCUACUGGACAAUGAAUAUACAGCGGAUCCGGACUUCACUUUUUUGUGGGGGGAAAGGGGAAAUCCUCAGAACCUGUUUCUGGGCUGGAUGUAAUCCACCCUUUCUUGCAGCAAACAGAAACCCUGGAAUGGAUAAUCAUUAGCCUAUGGAAUGGACUAUCUCUAUGUGCUCCUCCACUUUUCCCUCCACCUUUGAUACAGAGAUAAGUUCUCCCAGUAUGGAAAAGGAAACUCCUGUUCUUGUACAUAACUUGAAUCAAGGGAGCAGUUUUUGGAUGAAAAGGUCAGAAAUGACCACAACAGACCACAAAGUCCCCUGGGGAAGGAAACAAGCAGAAUUCUCUCUCCCAGAUGCUCCCUCCACAUCCCUAUCCAGGGUGAACAAAUGCACCAUAUCCAAACGUACAGAACUGAUUAAAAGUCUCCAACAAUU